AUGCAGAAUCCAUCAGCUUCUGAAUGUGUGGCCACCUUCAAGCUCAUCCUUGUCGGCGAUGGCGGUACGGGCAAGACAACAUUCGUGAAGCGUCACUUGACUGGCGAGUUUGAGAAGCGGUACGUGGCAACAGUGGGCGUUGAUGUGCACCCGUUGACGUUCCACACGAACCGUGGCAAGAUCUGCUUCAACUGUUGGGACACUGCGGGUCAGGAGAAGUUCGGCGGCCUUCGCGACGGGUACUACAUCGAGGGACAGUGCGCUAUCAUCAUGUUCGAUGUGACGAGCCGCAACACGUACAAGAAUGUCCCCAACUGGCACCGUGACAUCACGCGCGUGUGCGACAACAUCCCUAUCGUUCUGGUAGGCAACAAAGUAGAUUGCGCAGACCGUCAGGUGAAGGCGAAGAUGAUCACUUUCCAUCGCAAGAAGGGCUUGCAAUACUACGACAUCUCCGCCAAGUCCAACUACAACUUCGAGAAGCCAUUCCUGUGGCUGGCGAAGAAGCUGGCGAACGACCCUAACCUCACACUGGUGGAGGCGCCGAUGCUCGACCCCAACGUGCAGCCGCUCUCGGCGGAACANAAGCUGGCGAACGACCCUAACCUCACACUGGUGGAGGCGCCGAUGCUCGACCCCAACGUGCAGCCGCUCUCGGCGGAACAGCUGCAGGCCCUCCAGGAGGAGGCCCGUGCUGUCGAGAACGCGCCGUUGCCGAUGGGCGACGACGAGUAA